UUCCAGAUCAGCGGGCAGCUUUCUCCCCGCCUUUUCCGCAAGCUGCCCCCCCGGGUGUGCGUCUCCCUGAAGAAUAUUGUUGACGAGGAUUUCUUGUGUGCAGGACACAUCUUCCUUGGUUUCUCCAAGUGCGGGCGGUACGUCUUGUCAUAUACCAGCAACAGCGGCGAUGACGACUUCUCCUUCUACAUCUACCACCUCUACUGGUGGGAAUUCAACGUCCACAGCAAGCUGAAGCUGGUACGACAGGUUCGCUUGUUUCAAGAUGAAGAAAUCUACAGUGACCUUUACCUGACUGUGUGUGAGUGGCCCAGCGACUCCUCCAAGGUCAUUGUCUUUGGCUUCAACACGCGCUCGGCAAACGGGCUGCUGAUGAACAUGAUGAUGAUGAGCGAUGAAAACCAUCGGGAUAUUUACAUCAGCACGGUGGCCAUGCCCCCGCUCAUGUACUGCCCCGGCUGCAGGGAUAUGGCCCUAGCACAUCCAGGGGACCCGCACGCCCACUGCCUGCAGCACGGCUUCAUGCUGCACACCAAGUACCAGGUGGUCUACCCGUUCCCCACAUUCCAGCCAGCCUUCCAGCUCAAGAAGGACCAGGUGGUGCUGCUCAACACCAGCUACUCCCUCGUAGCGUGCGCGGUCUCCGUGCGCACCACAGAGGACAGCAGCUUCUGUCAGAUCCUCUACGAGCGAAGGACCCAGGCGCCGCCCCCCCGGGCGGGGGCGUGUGGUGCUGCAGGUGCCAUGCCGGGCGCGGAGGAGCGGAUGGAAGGAGGCAGCUCCCCUUGCCGGAGCGGGGCUGCGCCAGUGGCUGGCAGCAGAGCUGCCCUGGGCCCACAAGGCCCCAUCAAACCCCCGGAGCUGUCGCCAGCUGUGGCCAAGGCCAAAGAGUUUGUGGCCGACAUCUUCCGCCGGGCCCAGGAGGCGAAAGGCCCAGCCCCCGAGGAGGAGGCAGCUGACAGCCAGUCAGAGUGCUGUCCCACCAAGGACACCGGCCCGCACGGGUCCUUGUCCCAGGGCGUCCCGGCUGGGGCAGCGUGGGAGGCCAGGCCGUGCUUGGGGCCCUCCGGGAGUGACUGCCGCCUGCACCACGGCCUCUCCUCGCCCAGGGGAGACCGAACUCCAGAAGGGGAACAGCCCCCGAAGGAUUCUCCCCUUGCCGGCCCGGAGCUGGAGAGCCAGACGGCCGAGCCCGGCUACGUGAACUACACCAAGCUGCGGUACGUGCUGGAGCCCAGCGCCCUCCCGGAGCCGGAGGACGAGUACGAGGACGACAAGAUCUCGCUGCCGUUUGUCGUGACGGACCUGCGAGGGCGGAACCUGAAGCCACUGAAGGAGAGAGCGAUAUUCCAGGGCCAGUACCUGACUGUGGAGCAGCUGACGCUGGACUUCGAGUAUGUCAUUAACGAGGUGAUCCGGAACGACGCCUCCUGGUCCAGGCAGUUCUGCUCCUUCAGCGACUACGACAUCGUCAUCUUAGAGGUGAGGGCGUGAGUGUGGCAGGGUGACUGCAGGGC